AUGCCAAACAUACCACGCUCUCCCCUACUGAAUAAAUCACAUAGCAUGUCUGACUCGGAUGUUGCUAAGCUCGCAACUCCAAAACCAUCUAUGGGGGAGAUUACUAUAACACAAAGGGAUAGCAAACGUCGACGAUUAUCAGACGCGGAAAUUGAAGAUGAGCACACAAAUAUCCGAAUUAUCAUUCGCGAAGAGUUGCGUGAUAUGUUUAAUACAUUGCAAUUGCAACAAAAUUUGCAGAUGGAGGCUUUAGAGAAACACAUAUCAGAAAUUAAGAUACAAAAUGAAGCGAUUCACAAAAAUAACCUAGAGAUUGAGAAAACUACUGGGUUUAUUUCAGAAAAGAUAAAUGAAAUGCAGUCUACUAUAUGCCGCAUAGAAGAAGAACGUCAUAAAAUCGCCACCCAAAUAACAAAAAUAGAAGAAAAAUGCGAUGCAUUCGAGAGAAAUUGUCGAAAAACAAGCAUUCAGAUAAGGAAUGUACCCAAACAGAAAGGCGAAACAAAGGAGAAUUUGUGCGAAAUUAUACAGAAACUAUCUUCUGCGCUGGGGGUAGAUGUGAACAGGACUGAUUUGCGCGAUGUUUUCCGUAUUCCAGGGAAAGUUGACCAGACGAACUCGAAUGAUAAUAGCAGAAUUCUCAUCAACUUUGACAAAGAGAAACUUCCUAAUGGCAAGCAGAAAAUAUAA